CCGCCUGCUCCCUCCCUAUAUAUAAUCCCCAAUUUCGUCUCCCAGCAUAUAAAGCCUCCCGAUUUCGAACCCCUCCCCCCACUCCUCUCCCCCGAUCCGAACCCAUUCCCACCUCCUCCUCCCCUCGCCGCGCUCCGCUCCAGGACCCGCCGGAUCUCGGCCCCCGAGGGAUCAUCAAUCCGCACCGCAGGCGAGGCGAUAUGGCCACCUUCGAGCUGUACAGGCGGUCCACCAUUGGCAUGUGCCUCACCGAGACGCUCGACGAGAUGGUCUCCAGCGGCACCCUCAGCCCUGAGCUCGCCAUCCAAGUGCUUGUCCAGUUCGAUAAGUCUAUGACGGACGCACUGGAAACCCAAGUGAAGAGCAAGGUUACUGUCAAGGGCCAUCUGCACACCUACAGGUUCUGCGACAACGUGUGGACAUUCAUCCUGACGGACGCGCAGUUCAAGAACGAGGAGACGACUGAGCAGGUGGGCAAGGUGAAGAUCGUGGCCUGCGACUCCAAGCUACUCAGCCAAUAAGCAGCUCGCUGCUGACUCCCGGAGGCGGGGCUCAUUCGAUCCCCGCCUCCGCUAGAGAACACCACCACCACCACACCACCCUCUUCAUAAUCCAUGGGUACCUGUAGAAGGAUCUCAUGCGAUGCGACCCUAGAGCAUCGCAUCGCAUCGCAGCCACAGAACUUUUUCCGAUCCUUGCCGUGUAAUGUUGUUUCCCUGAACUUUUGAUAUAACUGGUGACUGGAAUGAGUAAGUAGCAAUCAAAACUUUGUUUGGAAAUGUGAUGAGACAUUUAGCACAUCUUGUGUGAUGACGGCGU